AUGCGUUCCUCCAUCAUCCUCAACGCCAUCUUGGUCUCCGCCAGCAUCGCCAACCCAAUCCAACGAAGAGCCUACGCUACAGACGUCACCAUCGUCACCGUCACCGAAUACGUGAUCGCGGGCAACCAGCCAACCCCUACCCCGAACCCUGACAAUGCUGCCGUCCAGGCAGACCCCAAAAACCAGAAGCCCAAAUACACAAAGCCCGAGCCGGAGCCGGAGCCGGAGCCGCAGCCGCAACCGCAGCCAUCAUACGAGCAAGAACCUGCUCCCCCGGUCGCUAAGCCCAAACCGUCCACCCCUCCUACCCCUUCGUAUGGAACAGACUACAAGAGCUUGGUCCUCAAACAUCACAACAUCCACCGUGCAAACCACUCCGCCCCCAGCCUUACAUGGUCCGACAGUAUGGAGAGUUACGCGCUUACUCUUGCCAAUCGCUGCGUGUUUAAGCAUGAUGUCUCCAUCGGCGACGAAAGCUACGGCCAAAACAUCGGCUACGGCAUCGAUCGCCAAAAUAUCGGCAAAAUGAUCACCAACCUUAUGUACAACAACGAGGCCGAUCUAUACAUCGACCUCUACGGCGAGGACAACCCAGACAUGUCCCGCUUCAGCGACUGGGGCCACUUCACCCAGAUCGUCUGGAAGUCAACUAAGUCCGUCGGCUGUGCUACUGUCAAGUGCUCUAACUACCUGGGCUGGAAUACCGUUUGCAACUACAGUCCUCCUGGCAACUUCGCUGGCAGAUACGCUUCGAACGUCGCGAGACCAGCCGGCGCCGCAAUGGCUGUUGCCUAG